AUGUGGAAAUCAUUCAUUUGGAUACUUAUCUUUCAAUUCCUGACUAAUGGACAAUCUUCAAUAAGUUAUAGUAUUCGAGCACAACUCCCUAGAGAACGAGCAACAACGAUUCUGGAUACUGAAUUCGAACAAGUCAUUGCUGACCGUUAUCUUUUUGCUUCAUGUGCAAAUGAAUCUACAGCUUGGACUGUGCUCAGUAACAUUAACUAUGUAUGGCAAGCUAUAUCAUUACCACAAUAUCAUUCACAAGCAUCGGAAGGAGUUUGGCUUCUAUCUCAAAUUAUCAAUGACGAACAAAACCAAGAUUCAUCUGUUGGAAUAUUUCAAAUGUCCUGGAUGUCAUUGUUUGCUAAUGGUACUUUGGUAGUUUUAUCGGAGAUUCAUGUUAAUAAUAAUAAUAGUUUUUUGGUUUCAUCACAUAAUGAAAUGACUGCUUCAUCCUAUUCAGCUGCUCUUAUCACACCUGACAAUAUACAAUUAAUAUUGUGUGAACGAUCAAAUGCUACUUCUUGUAGAAUCGUACAAAUAAUUCCAUUUCCUUCUAUUUUGUUGAAUACUAAGAAAAUCAACGAUGGUUUAUUUAUAGAUGAUUUAGGACAUGCAGGAUGGCUAUAUAUUGCUGCCGAUUCAGGUUUACAUGGAUUGGAUCUUUCUACAAUGAUGAUUUAUCCCUAUCUGAAUGCAAUCAAUGUUUCUGUUUCUUCCUUAGCAUGGAGUUCAAAAUGGCAAACUAUAUUUGCUGGUACUGAAGCAAAACUUUGGAUUCAACAAUAUAGUACUAAGAAUGAAGGAUGGCGCUUUGAACAUAUCAAUGCAUUCAUUGAUGCACCAAUUACUUCAUUGGUAUAUAAUGAUGUACAAGAUAAAUUAUGGAUUGGACAAAAUACAGGAAUAACGCUUCUUUCACCAAUUGUAAUGUCGACGGGACAUAUUCAUUGGUAUUUCUCAAGAUUAGCAGGAGAAAUUUCAAAUCCUGGAUCAGACAUAGGACAUUUACCAUUUGCAAAUAUAACUACAUUAGGUUUUAGUCAUUCAAAAUUUUCUGAUAGUCGUAUAUGGUUAGGUAGUGUUCAUGGCGUAAUGCGUUUCGAUUCAAAUACCAGUAAGUUAAAUGCUUGGCGUGUAUUCAAUAGUGCGAGGUACAUGCCAAAUAGUCAAUCACAAGUCAAUGUAUCAUCGUUAGCUGUACUAAGUCAUAGAGGCGAUACGCCCAGUAAUUUAGGCAGUACUGCAGUAGCAGUCACAAAUCGAGGACUAGCUAUUCUUCGUUUCGAAAUGUGGACAUUAGCAAGAAAAGUGGAACACUUUCAAGCAUUUCUCGAUCAACCAGGUAGACACGAUGAAUAUGGUUUCAUAUCUAGUUGUAAUAUGUCAUCUUGGGGUGAUAGUCAUACUUGCGUCAAAGGACCAGACGAUAACGAUGGUCUUUGGACAUCAAUGUAUUUAGCUAGUCAGAUCUUUCGCUAUGCUGUAAUGCGAGAUCUGAUGAUCAAAGUUCAAGCAUGGAAACAUUUUGAAGCAUUAGAAUUACUCAAUCAAGUUUCAGGUAUUGUUGGCUAUCCUGGACGUUCGCUUGCAAAACGCAGUGAUUUUCCUCCUGAUUCUAACUGGCAUCCGUCUCCUAUUAAUUCAACUCUACAAUUUAAAGGUGAUACAUCAUCAGAUGAAAUUGUUGGUCAUGAAUUUGUCUAUCCACUUGUGCACGAUUUAUUGGCUGAGAACGAUGAUGAACGUCAACGAGCAUACAUACUUUCGUUCAAAAUUACAAAUCAUAUUUUAACUCAUGACUGGUAUUUGAUUGGUGAAAAUCAUACACAUACAACAUGGGGCAUUUGGAAUCCAAGACAAAUAAAUAAUGAUAGUUUUUAUCAAGAAACUCGAGGUCUCAAUAGUCUUCAAAUAUUAGCCUUUCUAUUACAAACUUAUGCCUAUAGUGGUGACGAGCGUUUUCUCAAUGGUGCAAAUCUUCUCGUCAAAUCGUAUCAAUAUGAUGUCAAUCUCAUUAAUCAGAAAACUAUUGCUGUUUGUGAUAAUAGUUUUUCUGAUGAUGAAUUAGCAUAUUUAUCGUAUUUUACAUUAGUUCACGCAUUUCAUAGGAUAUCUUCAUCGACUAGUUUAUCUUCAGAACAGAAACAUCGUGCACAAAAGUUGAUUGAUCAUUUAUUAGAAUACAUGAAAAUUGGAUUGAAUCUAUCACAUAGAUAUAAAAAAAUGGAGAAAUCACCAUUCUUUAAUUUUAUCUAUUGUUAUGUCAGUGGUCAAGUCAAUCAAACUCAAUAUUUAUUUCAAAAACUUAAUUUAUCAUCUACCACUUUUUCUAAUUUCGAUUGUUCUUCAUUAUCCAUGGAUGGAAUAUGGUAUAUGCAACGUUGGCCAUUAGAACUUAUCCAUUGGCCACAAUUCAAUAGUGAUCGAUUGGAUGUUCAAAUUAAUGGACCAGCCGAAUGUAGUUCGGAAAUAAGUUCAUUGAAACUAUUACCACCUGAUGAACGAUCUACUUGGAUGUGGAAUGCAAAUAUCUACGGUUUAGAUAAUGGUAGUGGAUUCAAUGAAGAAAAUCCAGUUGCUUUCUUGUUAAGUUAUUGGGGUAUGCGUUAUUUCGAUUUGUUAGGAUAA